AGACACGGCUGCGAGAACAGCCCAGGCUUCGAGAACACGGUCAGCCCAAAUGAACUUCACUCCUGCACCGGCACACCCACGGCGAAAGGCGCGAGCCAGGACUGGAGCGAUGACCCAACCGCCGCCACCGGUCUUCGAGAUCCCGACCAGGAACCGCUUUGCCGCCCUCUGCGAGACGGAAUGCAACGCUGUGGUCAUCGGAGACUCAAUCGUCCGGAACGUACGCGCUUCCUCCACUAAAGGUAAGGUGCGCACUCAUUGUUUUCCUGGCGCCCGUGUUCUUGAUGUCUCUGCGCAGGUACCUGCGAUCCUGAAGGACGAUGCUAACGUCGGAGCUGUCGUGCUGCACGCGGGGGUGAAUGACGUCAGGAUGAGGCAGUCGGAGAUCCUGAAGAGGGACUUCAGGAGUCUGAUCGAGACGGUACGCAACGCAUCGCCCACGGCGAGGAUCAUCGUAUCAGGGCCGCUUCCUACCUACCGACGAGGGAAUGAAAAGUUCAGUAGACUAUUUGCUCUAAAUAAAUGGUUGAUGUCAUGGUGUAUUGAACAGAAGCUGCUCUUUGUUGAUAAUUUUGAUCUGUUCUGGGAGCGACCUAGGCUCUUCCGCCCUGACGGCCUGCACCCCAGCAGCAUCGGAGCGGUUCUUCUGUCUGACAACAUCUCAAAGACGCUACGCACCGCUUGACUACGUCUCCCAGCGGGAGAGAUUCCGCCAGGCCCAGAUGAACGUCAUAUGCCCAUCCCCAACUAGAGAUUACGCCAGCUACAUCUGAAAAUCCCGUGCCAUCCUCCUGCGAGAGCCUGCGGACUGACUGACCAUCCCAGCUCCAUCCAAGGCAAUUCCAUCACCACCCAAGAAAAAGGCGACCAUCUGACCGGCCCAGCUCAGACAAUUCCAUCCCCAACCGAGAGCAAAGACGGACUACUUGUCACAUUAAUGCUAAAUUUACAAUACUUGGUAUUUAAUGCUAAACUUACAUCACAUGACAGCAGUUUGAAGUUAUGGCUGCACUCAGUGACUUUGAUUGGAGGUUGCUGGGUGGGUGUUUGUAGGGAGUCGGGGGGCUUGUUGGUUGUGGUUC